GAAUGACAUCACAGUACAGCGAAGGCUAUGUAACCGCCAUGCCUCUAGGCGGCGCUAAAUGAAGCGUUUCAUCUGUCACGCAGCAUCUUGAGAAAAGGGCGAACGAUACCCCGGGAGGCUGGCGCAGGAAAAGGGAAGUCCCAGGAAUGCCGAAGAAAUUCCAGGGGGAGAACUCCAAAUCGGCCACUGCGAGGGCCCGGAAGGCCGAGGCGAAAGCAGUAGCUGAUGCACGCAAACAGAAGGAGCUUGAAGAUGCGCUCUGGGAAGAUAACGACAAGCGUGUUGCAAAAAAAGAGCAGAGGAAGGAUGAUAAGGAAAAGAAGCGGCUGGAGGCUCUGGAAAGGAAGCGAGAAAACCAAAGGCUUCUUGAUGAAGAAGAUGCCAAGAUAAAGGGUAAACAGACAAAAGAAACACCAUGUAAAGUGACUCAAGCCCAGAUCAAGGAGAACCUUCAGAGUAGCCAAAAUGUUAAAGAAAUCGAGGAAAAAGAGAAAAGCCACUUGGAGAUGCCACUCGAGGAGAACAUCAAUCGAAUUGUUCCAGAAGAAGGCACGGUGGAGGCACGGACCAUUGAGGAUGCCAUCGCAGCUCUCGGCACUAAGGAGGAUGUGGAUCGACACCCUGAGCGCCGCAUGAAAGCCGCAUUUGCAGCGUUUGAGGAAGUGAACAUGCCGCGUUUAAAAAUGGAGAACCCCAACAUGCGGCUUUCACAGUUGAAACAGCUGCUGAAGAAGGAGUGGACAAAGUCCUCUGAAAACCCCCUUAACCAGCAUGUGGCCUCCUACAACUCUAAGUAAUCCAACAUGACGGCACUAAAAGUCCCCCUGGCGCUCCACACAGAUCCUAAUAGACACAGACUGCACCCAGAUUUAAUUUGAAGAUAAAAUUAGGAAAGAUGCAUGCACAACCUUUGUUGAUUCUUUCUUUUAUUGAUGAGCCAUCUGCAACCCAUGUAUACAAUUUUAUAAAUUAUUUAACCUGAUUUACUCAUCUGUUAAUCCUUGGCCAGUGUAGAGCUACCGAGAAUGUUUCUAGUUUGGUUUGAGUAAACGCAGAGUGGAUUCUUGACUAGCACUUGUGUUGAGCUAAUGAGGUAAAGUGUGGUUAACCUGACCUUUUUUCUGUGCUGUGGUCAUUAGGGUUCAUCUUCUCGCCUGUGUAUGGAGAAGAGAUGAUAAUUGAGCUAAAUUCAGAUUUCUUAUUGAUUUUACGUGGCUCUUUGUUUUGAAACUGCACUUUGGACCUUAUAUGGACAAUAUCACCAUAUCCAAGGAUGAGUGGACUAAUAGCCUUUGGAUUCCUAUUCAUGUGCAUUGACUGGCUGCUGUAGUACAGUACCGGUGCCGAACAACGCUAAUGCGUUUCUGGGCUUGCUUUGCGUCUUGUGGAGAAGAAAAACUCAGUAGCUCUUGGAAAACUUAAAUAAAAGAGGAAAUAUUAUUA